CAUCGCGUCGCUACCGGCCGGCGGCGGUCUGCUCCGGACUGCAGCCGUGUCCUCGCCGCCCUCCUCUCGCCCACGCCUCCCGGGCACUCGCCUGGUCCCGGCGGCGGCGCGCGCGGCCGCGUUGGGCGGUGGCGGUUCCGGGGAUGGUGAGGCGGCGGCGCGCGGAGACGAUGCUCCGGGGCUGAGGAGACGCCGGCACACGGCGCGACUGCCGAGCGCAGCGCCCACCCGCGGGAUGGCUCAGGCGGCCGGCCCGGCGGGCGGCGGGGAGCCGCGGGCUGAGGCGGGGGGCGGCGAGGGGCCGCGGGAGCCCGAGGCAGCCGGCGGCGCGGCCGGGGGCUCGCAGGACGCGCUGAGCCUGGAGGAGAUCCUGCGGCUCUACAACCAGCCCAUCAACGAGGAGCAGGCGUGGGCCGUCUGCUACCAGUGCUGCGGCUCCCUGCGCGCCGCCGGCCGCCGCCGCCAGCCCCGCCGCCGUGUGCGCUCGGCCGCGCAGAUCCGCGUCUGGAGGGACGGCGCCGUCACCCUGGCGCCCGCGGCCGACGACGCGGGAGAGCCGCCCCCCGUUUCGGGUAAAUUGGGAUAUUCACAAUGUACAGAAACAGAGGUAAGUGAAAUACUCAAGUAUUUCUUAGUAAAGCAACUUUGCAAUCCUGUUUAGACUAACUUGAGUACUGAACUAUCUCACUAUAGGUUCUUGGUCUUCUGAUAAGAUUUUUUUUUU